UAUAUUAAAUCAAAUUAAAAAAAAAAACUCAAUAACCAUUUUAUUUUAUUUUUUCACACUAAAAGUAAAUAUAGCAAUACCCGCCAUAUCUACUCUCUGCCUCUGUGUAUUGUGUUUGGUUAUUUUUUCUCCAACUCUUUCUUUCUCUCUGACAAAUGCAAAUUCAAAUGCGAAUGCAAAUGUAAAUGCGAAUCGAUGUUUGUUGAGAAUGCGUGAGUUAGGGUUUAACGAACAACGAAGGUCGUGGAGGCGUGCCGGUUCAAGAAGAGGUAACGCCGGCGUCGGUGGCGGUGGCGAUACAAGCCCUGACUCUGUUAUCUUCACUCUCGAAUCAAACUUGAGUCUCUUCUCUUCUAAUUCCGCUAGCGUGGAUCGAUGCUCCUUCGCUUCUGAUGCUCAUGACCAUGACUCUUUAACCUCCGAAAUCUCACUGCAUUUGGCAGGGAACGUUGAUUUUGCUCCGAGUGAAAGCUGGAGCGGUCCAGAUCCGGAUCCGGAUCCUAACAGAAAACAACAACAACAUGCAGAUUCAGAUUCAGUACAGAAAAAGAAGCUUCAUCGAACACUUUUCUCUGGAAAGGAAGAAAAAACAAAAGUGCAAAAGGAAGAAGACAGUGACGUUGACACUGAAGACGGAAAUCAGCUUUCGGAACUUGAUUCGGCGAGAAACUCUUUCUCUCUAGCUCUCAAAGAAUGUCAAGAUCGGAGAUCGAGGUGUGAGGCACUAUUCAAGAAACAAGAUCGUCGAAGACCUGCUUCGUUAGAUCUGAACAAUGCAAAUGCAAUCGGAACUGUUUCUUCGCCUCGAUUGGGAAUCGGAGCUAUGAAGAAGAGUUCACUUCCGUCUCGGAGAUCUGGCACCGGCACUGGAACUGGAACUUUUCCGAGUCCCGGAACUCCAAAUUAUCGUCAUUGUCAAGGUGGUGUUGCAAUGCAAAAAGGUUGGAGUUCUGAGAGAGUUCCUUUGCAUACUAGUGGAGCCCGCAAGCAAGUUGGUAAUGGUGCUACAGCAUUGAGUUUCAACAACGGGAGAACGUUGCCGUCUAAGUGGGAAGAUGCUGAGAGAUGGAUUUUGAGUCCUGUUUCGGGUGAUGGAACUGGAAGGGCUUCACAACUUCAACAGCCACAGAGGAGGCCCAAGUCGAAGAGUGGUCCAUUAGGCCCACCCGGUGUUGCUUAUUAUUCGUUGUAUUCACCUGCAGGUCCUUUUUUUGAUGGAGGGAAUUUUAUGGGAGCUUCACCUUUUUCUGCAGCUGUUAAUGUUUCAGCUGAUGGGUUUACGAAUAGUUCUGGUGGCAACGGUGGAGUGCUUCCCACACGAAUGGAUCCUUGCAUGGCUCGCUCGGUUAGUGUACAUGGCUGCUCUCAGAUGCAGGGUCAGUCGUCAAUUCCUGCCCGAGAGGAGAAGUUUGAUGGUUUUAAGGAUGCGGGUACCAAUGUAUCUCCUGCUGUUUCAAGGAGGGAUAUGGCAACCCAGAUGAGCCCAGAGGGUAGCUCAUGCUCCUCUCCCAAUAUGAGAACUUCUUUCUCUGCUUCCACUCCACCUGUCCUGCCUGUCACAGAGUUGCAGAGUGUCUCUUUCUCUAGAAUGGAUAUCAGGGAUGUGCAGGUAGAUGAACGUGUAACCAUGACACGAUGGUCCAAGAAACACAGGGCUCUAUUCUCUGGUAGAGGUUCAGAAAAUGUUGACAGCUGGAAAAAGAAAGAAACAAGCACUCAAUCUUCAUCUUGGGACAUUUCUGAAAGCUCAAAGACUAUUUCAAAGGGUAAAAGGGAGGAAGCCAAAAUCACUGCUUGGGAGAACUUGCAAAAGGCCAAAGCUGAGGCAGCAAUGCGGAAACUAGAGAUGAAGUUGGAAAAGAAGCGAGCAUCUUCCAUGGACAAGAUUAUGAACAAGCUGAGAACAGCUCAGAAAAAGGCUCAGGAAAUGAGGAGUUCAGUUUUAGCCAACCAGGCUCAUCAAGUUGCUAGAACUUCUCACAGAGUUAUGUCAUUUCGGAGAGCCGGCCAGAUGGGUUCUUUGAGUGGUUGUUUCACCUGUCAUGCCUUUUAAGCUUCUCCAGCAUUUUUUUCUGUUCAAGUGAAGUUGGGUUUCAGAUAUGAGAAGGAUUUAAAUGUGCCAGGUGCUAAUGAAUGAAAGAUGGAGAGAAAGAGCAGCUUAGUAUGUUGACACUAAAUUGGUGUCAUUGCAGUUUUCCAAUGCAUGCGGUAGAAGCACUUUAGCCUGUAAAAUCUAAGCACCUUGUAGCCUCACCCUUGGGAGUUCGGUUUCAAGGAUAAAUAACAUGUACGUACGUAGGCCAAACUUUAGAAAUAAGCCUCUUUUUGUAUUCUUUUUUUCCAUGUCUGGUUACUUGACAGUGCUGUUCAAAUGUAAUCUAUUAGUACGAAUAUUUUCCUGUAGUAGAACGAUAAAAAUCUCUGCAAUAUAGUAUUUCCUUUUCUAAA